GCGUCAGUAGUGCAUGUCGGUCGUAAGUACCCGCUGCUGUGUGAGCUCUCCGCCUCUCUCGCCCUCGCAGUAUUAGCAAAAUGUCGCUUUCUAACAAGCUGACUCUGGACAAGCUGGACGUGAAGGGGAAGCGGGUCGUUAUGAGAGUGGAUUUCAAUGUUCCUAUGAAGAACAACCAGAUAACAAACAACCAGCGGAUCAAGGCUGCCAUUCCAAGCAUCAAGUUCUGUUUGGACAAUGGAGCCAAGUCAAUUGUCCUUAUGAGCCACUUGGUCGGCCUGAUGGUGUCCCCAUGCCUGACAAGUACUCCUUAGAGCCAGUUGCUGUAGAACUCAAAUCCUGCUGGGCAAGUA